GACGCGCUUGAACCCUGACACACUUUCAAUUUGACAUAUAUUCGACAUGGCUGCACGCACCAAAGCACCCACUAUCGGGUCCGCUGGAUGGAUCCUGGAAGAGCGCCAUCAGUCCAACACGCUCGUCGCCCAGGAGCUCGAGGAUUUUGGCUUCUCGGUGCGCAACGAGCUGGAAUGGCUCAACGAACACAUGUUUGACAUACUGUCGAGCGACAGGCAACCUAACCUCGAUGUCUUCAAAACACCCGGCAAGCUGCGCGGCAAGACGCCUCGCACAGCGCGCAAGAAGGCGGCCGACCGCCAGCCGCUCGCCAGCAUUCACUCGGCAAACCUGCAAAUCAUGAGCCCUGCUGAACAGAGCUUGAGAAAUGCCAAGGCUAGGUUCCACAUUGCAGAAGACGCGCAACAUUCGGUUCGACACUCGCCUGUCACACGUACGCCAAUCGCACGGCAGCUCUUUACCAAGCCCGAAAGCGCGGGCAAGGAGAAUGUCAACAGCGGCUACCAUGCUGAUAUCUUCGAAAAGCGCCAGGCGCCGCCCACGGCCCUGCGCAGUCCUAUUCAGUCAACGCAAGACACUGCAAUGUCGUCGCAGGCCAGCGACGUCUUCUCACCCCCACAGUCGCAGGAGACGCAACCCACACAGCCUACUCAAUCUUUCAGGCAUUCAACAGACGACAAACCAGAUAUGGGCGAUUCGUUUGUCUCGGCCAAUGAAGGUUUUGCUAGCAAGAGUGACUCCAAUGAGGACUUGGAUGCAGUCGAUGCUUCUGCCAUGGAACUGGAUGGAGAGGACGCGCGCUCUGACGCGCAGGACACUAUGUUACACCACGACAUUUCCGACGCCGAAGAGGACGCCAGCAUGCACGACAUGUCAGAGUUCCCCGACCCAUCACGCGCUGUUUCCGAAGAGUACAGCAUUUCCGCCGAGACCCACGAGGCGCUUGAUAUGGCGAACCAACGUGCGCUCGCCCCAGAACCCAAGACCCUCGCGCUAGAGCAGUCCACAACACCCGCUGGCCUGCCGCCUGCCCAUUUCGAAGCCGAUGAUACAGUUCUUCACCACCAAAUUGACGACCAAAUGGCCAUUGACGACGACGUGCGCUCGCCUUCGGAUAACUCCAGCCCAGUAAAGCCUCUUGUUAGGAAAAGCAGUCUCAACUUUGCCUCUCUUCCAGCGCGCGAACCACUACUCCCAAAGAAGAGCAUGGGCAACCGCACAAGCUACUUUGAACAAAACAAUGCUCGUAAUAGCCAAAUGGCAAGGUUCACUGGCGGCAAGAGCUUGGGAGGAUCGCAGAUUGCCUAUCCUGCUGAGAUGCACCGUGAUGAGGUCGAUGACAUGGAUGACGCGGAACGCCCAGAACUUGCCAAAGACGAGUCCGAGUCUACCAAGGCCCACAGCAAGACUUCGACACAGCGUUUGUUUGAGCGCAUCAACAUGCUCAAGCAGCAGAACGAAGCACCCAAACGAAUCAGCCAGAAUGUCAUUUCUUCGCGUCUCUCACAGCAGCAGAACUUUUCGACACAGCCAACCGAAGAAGCAGGACCUUCGCAGUCUUCUCAGCCAGCGUACCCAAGCCUCCCGGUUCCAGAGCCCGCACAGGAAGAGGAUGACGACGAUGAUUGGAUAUCCCCGGUCCGGGCAACUGCACCUCUACCCAAAUCAGCCAGGCCCGCCUUUGGGAAAAGCCACACGGCCGAGGCCCGCCCAUCACCUCCUAAACAUGUGCCUGCAUCGCUUGUCUCUGUCACUAACCCAGAACUCUUCGCUGACAUUGAAUCAACUACCCCGCUUGGCUCACCCUUGAAUAGGCGGAUUAUGGAUGCCCCUCUCAGCGCGUCCAAGUCCAAACUGUAUUCUGCAUUCAGGGCAGCAAAGGAUAAGCUCAUUGGGUCAACUGCCGCAAGCGCCCAGGUCAAAAUGGACUCGCUCAAGGAGAGCCCAGCACGGCCCAAGUUGCCCUCUCGGGAUUCAUCAGACGACGCAUUUAGCCCUAAGCGUGCCGAGAGGCCAAUCUCCAUUUUCGGUCACGUGCGUUCCCCAUCCAAGGAUUCGGACAACUCGAGCAAAGGCGCAGUGCCCAGCAGUCCCUUCAAAGCGGAUCGCCAGCGGACUGAUAGCUCUGAAGAGCGAGAGAAGCAAAAGGACAAAGAAGCAAGAGAGAGGGAGGCCCGAGAGGCCAAACAGCAGCGCAACGAGGAUAAGCUCAGGCAGAUGCGUGAGAAGGAGCAGAACAAGGCUGCGGCACAUGCCCAAAAGGCCAGGGCCUUGGGCGUCAAGACACCAACUGCAAUGUCGUCUCAAGCAAGUCUCCGACCGCCGGUCGCUACAGCCAACACCAAGACUCCGGUCCAGGCGAGUCAACCUGCCCCGCCAGCACCACAACAGCCGCUGUUCCGUCCUACCGUUCCCCGAUCGAACACGGUGACGUCGAGAGACGAACUCGACUCCUCAGAAGACAUGCCGCCACCAGCUGCACCAAAGAGCCUGCUACCAACUACCAAGGCACCUCUUCGAGAGCCCAAGAAACUACCAAAGCCGACUAGCAAAGACACUCUGCCCAAGGCAAAGGCGCCACAGAAGAUCAUGGUCAAUCUUAAGAGCAGCCAUUACGGCCAAGCACCUCCACCAGCUGCCCGUCCGGGCCCAGCAUCUGGCAAGCCUCUUCAUUCAGCGUCCGCAAGUGUAGGCAAGGCUUCUGCUCCAGUAUCAAGGCCGACACAAGCUACGCGGCCAGCUUCAGCUCUGUCUACCAAGUCCGGCUCUUCGAAGACGGCUCAACCUCUGGCCAGAGCCCCAGCGCCUCGGGCAGCCCGUCCCCAGCCACAGACGGUCGAGAAGCCCAAGGCUCCAGCACCGCAAACAAGAGCUGACCUUGGUGCUGCACGGCCCGUAUCACGAAUGCAGACUGUCCAAGAUGCUAACCGCAUCAACAUUCCUCCAGUCAACCCAGCCAAGCCGCCGCCUAAGCGACAAUUCCCUGGUGAGGGUGAAGAGACGCUUCAUCGCCCGGCCAAACGUCCUUCGCAACAAGCAAGAAAUCUGAACCCAAUCACGCCAGCUCAUUCGCAGUUUGCAAAGGGCAAGAUUCCGUUUGCCGAGCCUGCGCAGUCGCAACCUCAAUAUCCCAACGGAGACGACAUCAAGCUGCCUGAGAUUAUGACUGAUUCGGAAGACGAAGACUCUGACAACGAAUUCGAGCAGCCCAGCUGGGUCAACACGCCCAACCUACGCGAGAUGCUCAGUAACCAACAGCUCAUGGACCCCGAGCACAUAUUUGGCCCGAUUCCGCCGCUAGAAAUGGAAAAGGUAUUCCCCAACAAGGAGCGGCACAAGCGGUUCCGGCAGCGUACGAGCAGUGCAUACUGGGCGAAUGACGAGGUGACGUCGGAGGAGAAGCGCAAAGAGCGAGAAGCGCGAGAGCGUCUUGUACGUGAUGGCGGGUGGACGUACAAUCCAUCACCGCUUCCCAAGCAAUCGAGUUCUUCGCGGUGAAGCGGCGAAUGAUGGGGGGGAUGCUUGUUUUUAUUCUUGGUCUUGAUGUUGGUUGGUAUGGGCGACGGGAGAGAGGAUUAUGGCUACGCAUUCCAGCAUUGCAUUGCAUUCAUGGGUUUUACAUACAUGGGACCUGUAUACAUGACUGGCGUUUUGAUUGUUUUUGCUUUUUUUUUCUCUCUCUCCUUCUCCAUCAUCGGAACGAGC